UAUUUUUUGGACGAUUGUACGAGUCCCAUAUGCUACUGAUCAUUUGAGCCACCGUUGACUCUAACGUUCCUAAAUUCGAUGAAAAUGCCUGGUGUUGUCGACGUUUAUCCUCCACCGCCCCAAAACUGUUGCCAGCCAGGAGUUGCUCGAUCUUUGCUUUAUAGUGGUUCAAGGUUUCAAGGGCAUCAGAAGAGCAAAGGCAAUCGUUACGACGUGGAAGUCGAGUUGCAACAUGUUGAUGAGGAGAACAGCUAUCUGUGUGGGUACUUGAAGAUCAAAGGCCUGACUGAUGAGUUUCCUGUUCUAGUAACUUUCUUUGAAGGGGAGAUCAUAGGGGAGAAAUAUCCAUUUCUUACAAGAAAAUGGGAUGCAGAUGAAGAAGUUGACAAGAAGCAUUGGGGUCAGUUUUUAUCAUUUUACCAAUACACCAAGACUUUCAAUCAAGACAACUUCAACUAUGAUGCCCUGAAAAACACAGAUUAUGUCUUCAUGAGGUGGAAAGAACACUUCUUGGUGCCAGAUCACAAAGUUAAAGACAUAAGCGGAGCAUCAUUUGCUGGAUUUUACUACAUUUGCUUCCAAAAGUCAACAGCAUCGAUAGAAGGUUACUACUACCACAGAAAUUCAGAGUGGUACCAGAGUUUGAACCUGACGCAUGUAGCUGAUCACAGUGUACCCAUCUAUCUGUUUCGGUGAGGCAGUAUCUGCUGCUAGAGUUCUAUUUAUUCUGAUGCACAAUAGAUUUUGUAAAUAGAUUUUUGUCUUUAAAUAUUAUAAAGAUAUGGUAUUUUCUAUUUCUGAAUAUUUUGCCCCAUCCAGUCUCCUUUCAAAUAUGCAUAAGUGAAGGUAAUGUUGGAUGGUUCAGUGGAUGAAUUCAUAUGAAGCAGGCCAAAAACAAAAAACAAACAAAAAAGGGGAAAA